AUGUACGAGCUCUUCCUCACGGCGCUCGUCGAGGCCGACGACUUCAAUGCGGCAUGCUCCGUGCUCGGCGGCCUCUGCGGCAUGCCCCCGUGGGAGAGCGUCAUGCGCGUCCUCUACUUCCAGGCUCCCCCGCAGCCGCCCGGCUUCGCCAACCACAGCAGCCUGGACAAGCCGAUCCGCAAAGACACGGCCUUCCUGCUCAAGGAGCUGCAUCAGAACCUGAGCCGUCUACCGUUCAUCCUCCAGACGCGCUACGAGGUCGACAAGGACCGAGCCAUGGGGGAGUCGGCCGCGCCCGCCGACCUCAACAGUCUACCGGGUAUGCUGCGAUGGACCAACCUGCCUGAUCCGCCCCAGGGUCGACCGCACCUCACCCAGCGGAAGAUGGUUGAGGUGUGGGAGCAGAAGAAUCUCCAGACGCUCAUGAGCGACAAUAACUACGAGGUGCUCGAGCUUUUCGGUCUGAUCAGGCUGACCGAAACAUGGCACAGUUUCAAGACAGAGAUGGUAGAGGACAUGUACCGGUUCUAUCGUGAUCAUAUCGAGUUCUGCCUCUACCGGCAACUCUUUGUGCGUCCCAUAUCAGACUACGUUCCCAUGGAGACACGCACGACCCCGCCAUCCCCCCCGCUGGAGCGCCUGCCUGCGUUCGACUCCCUCACCCCCGUCGACGCCCAAGGCAGGUGGAUCCUGUUGGUCAAGACGCACGUCCUGAAUGACAACAGGCCUGAGGACCUUCGCAAGGCGCACGAGGAACUCAAUGCUAUCCGCUCCGAAUUGGACGGCGUGUUCGACUUUAGGUCGAUCGAUCGCAACGUGCACGACCCCCGGGUGCCCAGAAGGCAGCAGGGGGUUCAGGUGCUGCCGCAGAAGGUGACGCUGGGCAAAGUCUAG